CAAUAUAUACCAAUGCCUUUGGCCCAAAGGGUAUCUAUCUAGCUUACAACUAGGGUUUUUUGUCGACGGUUUCCGCAAAUCUUGUGGCCGAUCUCCAGUCGCGAAAAUGCCGUCACACAAGACCUUCCGGAUCAAGCAGAAGCUGGCGAAGAAGAUGAGGCAAAACAGGCCUAUCCCUCACUGGAUCCGUCUCAGAACCGACAACACUAUCAGGUACAACGCGAAGCGUAGGCACUGGCGUCGUACCAAGCUUGGCUUCUGAGAUGAUGGUAGUCGAAUUCGCUUAUUACUUAAGCUUGUUUUGUUUGGAUUUAGAGAUUUAGUUGAUAUGCAAAGAAGACAGUGUUUUAUUCUUUGUGCUUUAUUCAACUUAUGUUGUAAGGAAACUCAUAAGAGUCCAUUAUCAGACCUUUGUUUAUUAGCAGCUUUUUGACUUAUUUGGAAGAUGAGUUGCAAUCAUUUUGUGGUUGCUGGUGGUUUUGUUA